AUGGCGUACCAAGAAGGCUUCCAGGAGGAGGAAGCACCGUUUCCAGAGACCCCAAAACAAAGCGAGUCACCAGCUGGAGUUGGAGAGCUCCCACACCAGGGCCCCAGCUGCGCCCUAAGAGGCCGGCCCGCCUGGGGCUCCCUCCAGGCGCUGUCCACGCCCUCCCGGCCGGGGCCCUCACCUGGGCGCCGCCCGCGCUUCCUCCAUCGGGCCCGCCCCUUCCACAUUCCAGAGGCCGCGACGAUGCAGGAGACUCGGGGCGCGCAGGGCGCACGGGGCGCGGGGGACAUGGGGGGCCCGGGGGACGCGGCCCAGGCCGGCACGCGGGCCGUCAAGGUGGUCCUGGUGGGCGACGGAGGCUGCGGGAAGACGUCGCUGCUUAUGGUCUUCGCUGCCGGGGCCUUCCCCGAGACCUACACCCCCACAGUGUUUGAGCGGCUCAACGUGAAUUUACAAAUGAAGGGAAAGCCUGUGGACCUCCAGAUCUGGGACACAGCAGGUCAAGUGGACUACGACCGCCUAAGGCCUCUCUUCUACCCCGAUGCCUGCGUUCUCAUCCUGUGCUUCGAUGUCACCAACCCCUGCAGCUUCCACAACAUCUCCAGCAGGUGGUACCCAGAAGUGAAUCAGUUCUGCAACAAGGUGCCUAUCGUCCUGGUAGGCUGCAAGACAGACCUACGUAAAGACAAGAUCGUGGUGAAGAAGCUUCGGAAAAGCCGGCUGGAGCCUGUCACAUACCACAGGGGCCAGGAGAUGGCCCGCUCAGUCGGAGCCGUGGCCUACCUCGAGUGCUCAGCUCUGCUCCAGGAGAAUGUCCAGGCGGUCUUCCAGGAGGCGGCGAAGGUGGCCCUGAGCAGCCGCAGCCGCAACAUCUGGCGGCGGAUCACACAGAUCUUCUGCGCUGUGUCCUGACGCUGCAUCAGCUGGACCCUCGGUCCCCUACUGGGCUGGACCCAGUUCCCCUGCCAGCACUGAAGUCAUAAGGGCAUCUUCAAGGACAGGCCCGGAAUCCCAGAGCUGGGACCCCUGGACAGCAGUGAAACCUCUCUGAAGGCCCAGGACUGAGAGUCUCUGGGCUCACUGGUGGAGCAGGGGGAGGCCUGGAGUCCAGUCCAGCCCUGGACAGC